GCUGCCAGCCUGGCCCUGGCCUGUCAAGCGGCUCAUUGUUCCUGCCCCGGGUGUCACUGGGCGCCGCCGGGGACAAUGUGGCACUGAGCGGGGCGGCCGGCGGCGGAGGGACGAGGCGCACGGAAAGACUCAGCUCGCCCCCCCGCCAUGGCAUCGCCGGAUGGAGUCAGCGGCGUGGGCGGCAGCCCUGAGGAGACGGAGCUCAGCAUCACCCUGACCCUCCGCAUGCUCAUGCACGGCAAGGAGAUCGGCAGCAUCAUUGGCAAGAAAGGAGAGACUGUUAAGAGGAUACGAGAGCAGAGCAGCGCACGCAUCACCAUCUCAGAGGGGUCCUGCCCCGAGCGCAUCACCACCAUCACCGGCUCCACUGAUGCCGUCUUCCGAGCCGUCUCCAUGAUCGCCUUCAAGCUGGAGGAGGACCUGGGAGUAGGGAGCGAUGGGGUGGCAGCAGGCAGAGCACCGGUGACCCUGCGACUUGUCAUCCCAGCCAGCCAGUGCGGCUCCCUCAUCGGCAAGGCAGGAUCUAAGAUCCGGGAGAUCCGGGAGAGCACGGGGGCACAGGUGCAGGUGGCUGGCGACCUGCUGCCCAACUCCACGGAACGGGCCGUCACCGUCUCAGGAGUGCCAGACACCAUCAUCCAGUGCGUGAGGCAGAUCUGCGCCGUCAUCCUGGAGUCACCUCCGAAGGGGGCCACCAUACCCUACCACCCUGGCCUCUCCCUGGGCACCAUCCUGCUCUCUGCCAACCAGGGCUUCUCCAUGCAAGGCCAGUACAGUGGGGUCUCUCCUGCAGAGGUGACAAAGCUGCAGCAGCUGUCAGGGCACACGCUCCCCUUCGCCCCCCUGGGCCAUACACCUGCCAUGAUGCCAGGCCUGGAUGCCAGCUCCCAGAGCAGCUCCCAGGAGUUCCUGGUGCCCAACGACCUCAUCGGCUGCAUCAUCGGCCGGCACGGCAGCAAGAUCAGCGAGAUCAGGCAGAUGUCGGGCGCCCACAUCAAGAUUGGGAACCAGACUGAGGGCUCCAGCGAGCGGCACGUGACCAUCACGGGGACCCCCGUCAGCAUCACCCUGGCUCAGUACCUCAUCACAGCCUGCUUAGAGACGGCUAAAUCUACCUCCCAGGUGCCACCAGGCCCUGGCUCCAUGGACCUCGGCAUGGGUUUCUCCCAGCCUCUCGCCCCGGGCUCUGGCGCAGCGCUUCCCGCCGUUGCACCGGCCCCUCCAGCCCUGCUGGGCACCCCCUACGCCAUCUCCCUCUCCAACUUCAUCGGCCUGAAGCCGGUGUCCUUCCUGGCACUGUCCCCGUCCUCUGUGGCGGGUCCCAACGGCGGCACCGCCACCUACACGACCAAGAUCUCAGCGGCCAACGGCACCAAGAAAGCUGACCGGCAGAAGUUCUCGCCCUACUGAGCCUCGGUGGGCCAGGCCAGGGUGUCCAGGGUGCCACUUGGUACCAGAGACAUCUCCCUGCCACCCACUCUGGCCCCCAGCCCCUGCCAGGUGCCGCAUGCCCAGAGUGGACCUCCUUGCCCCCCACCCCAGGGAAGGGAAGGGUCUUCCUGGUGGCAAUGCCCGCUGGAGGAAGGGGCUGCUUCAUUGCCUGCUGCCAGUCCCAGCAGCAUUGUGCCCCCCUCCCUGAUUUUCCUGCGCAGAGACCACAUGUCCUGGUAUUGGGUGGGGGGGCUGUUCCUGUUGGCCUAGGGUCCCUUCUCCCAGUGCCCUGUGCCAGCAUGGGACCCCUGCCUCCUGCUCCUCCCCCUGCCUACCCUGCCAUCCUGCUGCUGCCCACACUCUUGUCUGGCACCCAAAAGUCAGGUCCCACUGGAUGAGGGACUGCCUGGCCUCUGCAGGAGUCCCUCUUCCCUUGGCUCUGGUGGGGGGCCCUCCCAGGGCCACCCUGGGGCAGUCGCCUCCCAGCAACCCCAUCCAAGAGCCAGUCCCUGCUGGCUUGAAAUGCUGUAUAUAUAAGUCUAUAUUUUUUCCUCCUUUGUAACUUAUCAAUGGUUUAAUAAAAAGAUAAAAUUUACAAGAAAAUAAUAAUAAUAUCCCCCACCCUGG